AACUACUGUUUGGUUUCAGAGAAAGCGAAGGAAGAAAAAUAAGAGAAAAAAACAGAAAGAAUGGCAGGACGAUUGAGUAACGUAGCGUCAAAGAUCAUGGGCGGAAACGGCAUCGUUUCUCGCUCCGCUGCUUCCUCUCUCCGCCUCCGUUCCGGCAUGGGUCUCCCUGUUGGCAAACACAUCGUGCCUGACAAGCCUCUUCCUGUUAAUGACGAGCUAACUUGGGACAAUGGAACUGCCUUCCCAGAACCUUGCAUAGAUCGAAUCGCUGAUACUGUCGGAAAGUACGAGGCAUUGGCUUGGCUGUGUGGGGGUUUGAGCUUCUUUGCAGCGUUGGGAACACUAGCUUGGUGGAAUGAUAAAGCCUCUAAAAUUCCAUUUGCACCUAAGGUCUAUCCAUAUGACAACCUACGGGUGGAGCUUGGUGGAGAACCAUAAGUUGAUCCGUACAAGAAAUUAUACGGUGUCAUUGUGUCACUCAUUUUCCAUGUGUUUCAUUUACUUUUGGAACUCGACGGUUAAGUAAUGUAAACUUGUGUGCUUUUUGCUGUAACACACAUUUUGAACAAAUGUGCAUGGCCGUCUCAUCAUGUCGUCUUGGCAGACUUAAGAUUAUGAUGUUCGUAAAGAUCAUCCGUGUACUUUUUUAAUCACUUUGCCGAUUUUCAUGUUUCAGAAUAAAUGGUAAACAAGGUGAUAUUGCUUUC